GGUUGACAUUAUGAGUUUGGUUGUCAUUUGUUUUAAUAAUGCAUUUGAGUUUUUCAUUUUUAGGUGACAUGACGGUACAAUUUCAAUGGCUUUUCUCCCUAGAAUUGGUUGGUUUCUUACAAUUCAUUUGAUUUUUAGGCAUAAUUCAUGAUAAUGAAUUGCUGGUGCCUAUCUCCAGCUACGUUCCGGGCGAGAGUCGGGGUACACCCUGGACAGGUCCCCAGUCUGUCGCAGGGCAACACAGAGACAUACGGGACACACAACCAUUCACACACACACUCACACCUAGGGAGAAUUUAGAGAGACCAAUUAACCUGACAGUCAUGUUUUUGGACUGUGGGAGGAAGCCAGAGAACCCACGCAUGCACAGGGAGAACAUGCAAACUCUAUGCAGAAAGACCCUGGGCCAGGAAUAGAACCCAGGACCUUCUUGCUGCAAGGCAACAGCUUUACCAACUGCACCACUGCCAGUUUUACAUAAUCCUUAAAAUUCAUACCAUUUGAACUUGCAGGUGUAAAUACAGACAAAAAGUAGCUUCCAAAAAACAGUAUUAUCAUAUAAAAUUUAUUCAUGCGAUUGUAAAAGUGUGAAAAAUUUUAGAUUUUGCGUGCCGAAGAUUGAAUUUUAUCAGCGUUGUAAAAACAAUGAAAAAAAAAUACAUAUUAAUACAAUGUAUUAAUAUGUUUUUUUUUUCUUCAUUGGUUGUCAUACAUAUUAUGCCAUUGACAUAAUAUGUCAUAUUAUGUCUAUGGCUGUCUUUAAAAGAAGCAUUUUUACAAAUGAGAGAGCAGUUUUGUGUUUAGAGAACGCAAAAUGCGCUUCCUGAAGGAUUUGAAAGGGUAAGAACUUUUAGUUCACUUCAUAACUAGUCUUAAAAUACUCCACUCUUGUGUGAAGGUUGUACAUAUUUUUGGGCUGGGCAGAAUACUUUCUGUUGUGUAAUUUUACCCGAUUACUACAGCUGCCUGUCAGAUCACAUUCAACUGAACGUCAGCCUUUUUUGUUUUUACAUUUCACAUGUAAUUGACCCGCUUUUAGUGCAAUGUGAUUGGUUUAAAAAGUUUCAAGUUUUUAAAAUACGCGCCUGUGAUUGGCUGGAAGUAACGUCAAUCGAUGACGUUUCACCCGUCAGCGCUUCUCGAGUAGAACGCAGAGACGAAGAGCGACGGAACGCCUGGGAGCGUUUAUGGCUGCCUUCUACGCUCGGCAUCCAGUAAUUUCUUCUCGGUCUUUUUAGAGGCCGUGGAAACGAGACUGUGGCAUUAUAUACUGCGUGGAAAUAGCCUCCGACAAAGUCACUCUUGCGCAGUCACAGCUAACCUCCAGCUGCCAAGGAAACACAUUUCAACUUCGUCGCCCGUGGAUAGUUGUUUUCAAGAGAUAAUCAACGGAACUACAGCUUCAACCGGUGCUUGAAGAAGUCGCGGAGUUGCCGUUGAACGGAGAACUAAGUGAAUUCUAAGGGACGAGGAUUUUUCGUAACUUUUUCCUCGCCAACAUUGGAGCGUAUUGUUGUAGCGCCGCAUUGUCAUCAGUUAAAUUUGGCAAGCUAGCUGGAUGCGUUAGCUGCGAGCAUAGCUGUGCUGCUCGGCUGCAGUCAGGAUUGUUAUCCAGGCAACUUUUAAUGAUAAUGCCUUACCUACGUUAUGCAACAGGUAGACCGUUUGCAGGCACGACAGAUGAGCAUAAACGGUUAGAUAUUUAGACGUCAAUCUGUCUUUUAAGUGGUUAACUUUGGGGCACGCGGCGUUUUCGUCUUAGUUUUGAUUUUUUGGGAGGGUGUAAAGCACCGUUUCGCAUCUCACAGUAGAAGCUCUUCAAAGAUGCACUUUAAGGACUCCGUCUAACCGACAUGUAGGCAUGACCAUGUUGGAUCACAUGGAAUAAUACGAGCCCCAGCUCGGACAGUUGGCUCCAGAAUUUGACGCUGAUGUGAGAAAGAAGGAAGCGGAGAACCUCAAUCAUCUGAUUUACAGUAGCUCGCCUGCAACCUUCGUGAGUUUGUGCAUCAAAAUGUCCGCCGUCUCUGCAUCCGAGAAAGUGGACGGGUUUACGAGGAAGUCUGUGAGGAAGGCGCAGAAGCAGAGAAAAUCCCAAGGCUCCUCUCAGUUUCGCACUCAGAGCGCUCCGAUUGAGCUGUCCCCACUGCCGCAGCUCAAAGAUGCCCCCUCCACAGACCAGCAGGAACUGUUCUGUCAGAAACUCCAGCAGUGUUGCACGCUUUUCGACUUCCUGGACUCUGUGGGAGACCUGAAGAGCAAGGAGGUGAAGAGGGCCGCGCUGAAUGAAUUGGUGGACUAUCUUUCCACCAACAGAGGUGUGCUGGUUGAGAAUGCAUACCCAGAGAUCACAAACAUGAUCAGCACCAAUAUUUUCCGGGCUCUUCCACCAAGCGACAAUCCCGAUUUCGACCCAGAGGAGGAUGAACCCACCUUAGAAGCUGCAUGGCCUCACAUCCAACUGGUCUACGAGUUUCUGCUGCGCUUCUUGGAGAAUCCAGACUUUCAGCCCAGCAUUGCAAAGCGAUAUAUUGAUCAGAAAUUUGUGCUGCAGCUGCUGGAGCUAUUUGACAGCGAGGACCCGAGGGAGCGGGACUUCCUGAAGACUGUUCUCCAUCGGAUUUACGGAAAAUUUCUGGGCUUGAGAGCCUUCAUCAGGAAGCAGAUCAACAACAUCUUCUUGAAGUUCAUUUAUGAAACCGAACACUUUAAUGGUGUGGCUGAACUGCUGGAGAUCCUCGGAAGUAUCAUCAACGGUUUCGCGUUGCCUCUGAAAGCAGAACACAAGCAGUUCCUGAUGAAGGUGCUCAUCCCGUUGCACACAGCUAAAGGAUUGUCCCUUUUCCAUGCACAGCUGGCUUACUGUGUGGUUCAGUUCCUGGAGAAAGAUCCCACGCUUACUGAGCCGGUGAUCCGUGGCCUGUUGAAGUUUUGGCCGAAAACCUGCAGCCAAAAAGAGGUGAUGUUUCUGGGCGAAAUAGAGGAGAUCCUGGAUGUCAUCGAACCGUCGCAGUUUAAAAAGAUCCAAGAGCCAUUAUUCAAGCAGAUUGCUAAAUGUGUGUCCAACCCACAUUUUCAGGUAGCAGAGCGGGCGCUGUACUUCUGGAACAACGAAUACAUCCUCAGCCUCAUCGAGGAGAAUAUCGAUAAGAUCCUUCCCAUCAUGUUCAGCAGCUUGUACAAAAUCUCUAAAGAGCACUGGAACCAGACAAUCGUGGCUUUGAUCUACAACGUCCUGAAGACACUGAUGGAGAUGAACUGCCCUCUGUUUGACGAACUGACAGCUUCCUAUAAAGCACAAAAGCAGCGAGAGAUGAUGAAGGAGCAGGAACGGGACGAGCUGUGGAAGAAGCUGGAGGAGCUGCAGGUCAGCCGCGCCUCUGAGGUCCAGAACAACAGCCACGGGUCACCUGCAGCCCUUAACAACAACAACAGUAACAACAACAAUAAUGAACCCCAGGAGAGCAGCGACGAUGUUGAAGCUACUGCCGUCAUCAUGGAAGACCUCCAUCAAGACACCACCGACAUAGCCUGCGAGAACGUCUCAUGUGCCAAAUGACAGCGGAUGGCGGCUUUUUAUUCUGAAACGCUUCAACUUUCAGGACCGUUGGAGGAAGAUUAACAAGGAUGUAACACAAAUUACACCUCAGCAGUAUAAUAAAUCUUAGAUCUACAAAGAACACCAGCAGUUCUUUGUAUAUAUAAAUAUAUAUUUCCUCUUAAGACUAUUUUUUUGGAUGUUGCAGUGUGGCAGCCGUAUGUUUAUAUGUCUGAUCAGAGCUGUAUCCUUCCACGUCUAGUUUCCUAAUCGGUAAUGUUUUCUUUUUCUCGUGCUCGGUGUAUGAUACAUGGGAAGGAGAGGAAAUGAUGACUUGAAUUUACCGUUUCCAACCGUGCUGCACUUAGAAGUAAACAAGCCGAACAGCUAUUUAAAGAUGUCUAUUUUUAAUGUGCUUUUCCUCAUCGCUGCCCACACCUGUAGGUGCAAACCUGAAACGAGAAGGGAACUCGAAUGUUGGGAGUGUUUUUCUUUGUUCUUCGCACAUGGGACCAGACCCAGAUAAAUGCAGACACCCGUAUAUAUAUUUAUACAGAGAGCUGUUUAUAUGCAGAAAAAAAAAUGUAAAAAUUGUUGUGAGGAGAUGAAGAAUCAUGGCCAUAAAUGAUUUAUGAUAAACGGAUAUUAUUCCUGAAAUCACUCUGCUUUAGACUACAAAUUUAAAAGUGAUUAAUACUUAAGGUAAAUGUAAUAUUUUUUUAGCCUAUUUUUGUGGUUUCUGGUGUUGGUAAAUACUUUUUCAUCUUGGUGAAAACAUGAAGCUAAUACAUUUGUCACUGUUUAUAAAAGGAGUCACACUAAAGUAUUGAGAAAAGGGCUUUUGAUAUUCAAAAAAAAUAAGCUUUUUGAUUUAAAGGAGUAGCUCAGCAUUUCAACUGUGCGCCUGUAAAUGAUGGCUUUGUCCUGAGAAUAAAAAAAUCUACCAAAUUAAACUUAAAAAGCACACUAACACCUUUAUGCUUUAUUGAGAAUAUGCAUUACAAGAAAAUUAAAACUAUCAAAUAACGCAACACAGACGGCAAACAUUUACCACUAUAAUGACUUGUUCCUUUAAAACCUUUAAUCUAAAAAGACCAAAAAAAAAAAAAAAAGCCUGAGCAUUGAUGAAGAUGAAUAUUUUUGGGUCAUCCAGGAAUGGGAUGCAAAAUAAGCUUCUGUGUAUUUUUGGAGUGUAUUUAUUGAGCUUGGAGGCUACUUACAGGGAAAUGCCACUCGGCUUCGACGUUGCUGUGGUUGAGCAACAGUUAAAAUCGACUCGGCUCCUUCCUGGUGCUAAACUAGACGUAGUGUUGCUCUCUUACCAAGAAAAUUGCACCAGAAAACCCAUGAAAGAUGAGAAAUCCAGACCCUCAGUGACUUUUUGCCUGAUGCAUCUAAUCUUGGGAGCUCAAACAUGAUGUGAAAAGUGCGACCCCUGACCUCCACAGUUUAUAGGAAAGACUUCUGAAAGCCAGCGCUGAAUGGUGUUCUUUAUGAACCUGAUGUCUGCUCUUGUUUCUGCUCUGUUCAGUUCAUCUGUCUUCUCUGAUGCCUUUCUGUCAGUACAGCAUUCCAGCCUCUGUGAACUUUAAAACGGGGAACCUGUUUUGUAAUCACAGACACUGUUUGGGUUUCACCAUCAAAUAAAGUCUACUUUAUCUUUCUA